AUGACACCGUACCAGGUUUCCAUCUCUGAUGCGUUCUUGACCAUCGAAAUCCCCAUGAUGCGAAAGAUCAUUGAGAACAUUUUGUCGCAUCCGAACGUGAUCGACCUCCACGACGUUUACGAAGAUCAAACUGGAGUUCACUUGGUACUAGAGCUCUGCUCCAGAGAUUUAACGUUGAAGAUCAUGGAUUUUGGACUGAGUUCAGUAGAUGAAUUCAUGGAUCUAGUUAUCGGGUUGUUUGGAUCCAUCAAUUAUGUUUCACCGGAGGCAUUUUCUCAAGGGGAAAUCACCACGAAGAGUGAUAUCUAG